AUGCAAUCCGGUUCCGAAUCCGUGAAGGACAAAACGGUCCUAAAUCUCACGGAAACGCCAUGCGAAAUAUGUGGUCCGUCAACGCAUGAUGAGGAAAUGGUAGGGUGUGACGGUUGUUCGGGAUGGUUCCAUUCCCGUUGUGUAGGCAUCGCCGAGGGCAAUUUUCCGAAAAAGUGGUUUUGCCCAAGCGACGCCUGUCAGGAGAUGGCCAAGGAGUCUCAGAAGAAGAAGACCGUCAAGAAGCAUCAGACCCGUAGCCAGAGAGAAGCCGAUGAAUCCGACAAAUCCAGCAAGAAUGCCUAUUUAGCUGUCUCUAGUGUGGAAGCAAAAGUGCGUGCACUAGAGGAGCGACAGAAGCAGCAGAUAGAGCAGCUGGAGGUUGAAAUGCAGCUGCGGAAGAAGAAGAAGGAGAUGCAGCGUGCUCUGGAGAGGAAGAAGGCGGAGAUGGAGCUGCAAAUGCAUGCCGAAGAAGAAGAAGAGCAGAGGGCCUGGCAAGCUGAGAUGCUUCAGAAGAAGAAGGAGCAGAUGGAUCGGAUGAAAGCAAGUCAGAAGUCAUUCGAGAGGCAAAUGGCGGCCAUGGACAAGGAGAUGGCAGAUCUUUCGGCUUCCAAGGUGCCCAAGACGUCGUCGAAAUAUCUGACCCAGAAGAACGUCAAGAUGCUGGCAGAAGACGACGAGGACACCGAAGAGGAAGACGAGGAUACCGAUGAGGAAGAAGAAGCGGAAUCAUCGAGCCGUAGCUCCGAGUCAUCUCUGGAGAAGGGAGCCAAACGGCGCGAUUCGCGGAAGAAGCGGGUGGUGAAAGGAAGCCAUGUUGGGCUAGGACAACAGCAGACCGGACCGACAAAGGCGCAGCUGGCCGCGAGAAAGGGGCUAACAUACAAGCUCCCAAAGUUCUCGGGAAAACCAGCGCAGUGGCCAUUGUUCUACGCGGCCUACAAAGCGUCCAACGAUGCCUGUGGCUAUAUGAACCACGAAAACCUGAUGAGGCUGCAGGAAGCUCUCAUAGGUGACGCACUCGAGCUGGUGUCAGGCCAGCUACUACUGCCGGAGUCGAUACCGAGGGUCCUGGAAAAGCUGCGUCGGCAUUAUGGUCGCCCGGAGCAACUGCUCGAGAGUUUGCUGGACAAGGUGAACAGGUUGGACCCCCCUAAGCCGGACAACCUCCGGAGCUUUGUUCCUUUUGGGAAUACGGUGGAGCAGCUGUGCGGCCAUCUUGAGGCAGCCGAUCUGCGGCAGCACCUCGUGAAUCCGCUGCUGAUCAAAUCGCAAAUCGUUGCUAAGCUGCCGGAUCGGGAAAAGCGCGAGUGGGUCCACUAUCGGAGGGGCCGAGGAGAGACGACGCUGCGGACGCUGACGGACUUCCUGAUGGACAUCGUAGCGGAUGCCUGCGAAGCCAACGUAGACGUGGAGUUCAAGCCGUCGCAUCCUCUAAAAGGAGCUCCCCAAGCGGGGAAAAGAAGGUCCAAGGAAAGAGGAGGUCUGUAUCUCCACAGCGAAGCCAGCAGUUCCAAUGUCACCGCAAACGAGAGACUGCUGAGGCCGUGCAACUACUGUCGCGGAACGAGCCACCGGCUGCGACACUGUGCGGAGUUCAAAAAGCUGCGGUACACCGAGCGCCUGAAGCUGGUCAACCGCGAAAAACUGUGUCACGUGUGUCUCAACGAACACAGAGGCCAGUGUAAGUUUAAAACCCGCUGCAACAUCGGCGACUGCAGGGAGUUCCACAAUCCGCUGAUGCACCCAGUCGGAAACGUGGUCGGGAUGAGUGCGCAUAUCCGGACAAACUUCACGGUCAUGUUCCGCAUUGUUCCGGUACAACUGUACUGCGGUGGGAAGUCUGCUACAGUAUUGGCGUUCCUGGACGAAGGCGCUUCCGUCACGCUGGUGGAGAAAAAGCUCGCCGAUCGCCUGGGCGCGGUCGGAGUACAAGAGCGGCUGACCAUUAGAUGGACCGGCAAUGUCUCCAGAGUGGAAGAUACGCGGAGGAUGAAUCUGUGGGCAUCGGGCACGAGUACCAGUGCGGGCGGCAAGAUGUUACUGCAUACCGUCCACACAGUCGGAAAGCUGAUGCUGCCACAUCAGAUGUUGGACAGCGAAGAACUCGUUGCACAGUACGAGCACAUGCGGGAGUUGCUGAUCGAGUCGUACGACGGGCAGCCGCAGUUGCUCAUUGAGCAAAACAAUAUCCACUCGUUUGCCCUUUGGAAGCGAAGGUGGGCACCCCAAUGGAACCGAUCGCGGUUCGAACCAAACUCGCAUAUUACCAACGACGACCUACAUGAGUUGCUCAAAAGCCACUACGCGUUGGAAGAAUCGGUGGUGGCGAUACCGCAGGAAACUGCAGAAGAGAGGCGUGCUCGAGAAAUAUUGGAGCGUACAACGAGACGAGUCGGCGAUCGUUUCGAAACUGGGCUGCUGUGGAAGGCAGAUGAUCCACGGUUCCCGGACAGCUUCCCAAUGGCCCUGCGAAGGAUGAAGCAGCUGGAGAACAAACUCGGAAAAAAUCCAGUGCUGCAUGAGAACGUUUGCCGACAAAUAGAUGAGUACCAGCAGAAAGGGUACGCACAUGUCGCUACCGCCGAAGAACUGGCAGAUACCCCUUUCGAUCAGGCAUGGUAUCUACCUCUCAACGUAGUCCGUAACCCGAAGAAGCCCGGAAAGAUCCGUCUCGUUUGGGACGCUGCAGCGACGGUGAGAGGUGUCAGCCUUAACACUCAGUUGCUGUCAGGACCAGACAUGCUCGUUCCACUGGUCAAAGUCCUCUCCGGUUUCCGCGAAUGGCGGAUUGCUUUCGGUGGCGACUUGAAGGAGAUGUUCCACCAACUAAAGAUUCGCCCCGAGGACAAGCAGAAACAGCGGUUUAUCUUCCGGAAAUCUCCGGAAAAACAACCCAGCGUCUACGUCAUGGACUUUGCUGCACAAUACCCGGAGGCAUCGGCGGCGAUCAUCCAUCGCCAUUACGUCGACGACUAUUUUGACAGCGUCGACACUGUGGAAGCGGCCGUUAAGCUGGCGCAGGAGGUUAGAUUGGUCCACCUGAAAGCAGGAUUCGAAAUCCGGAACUGGGUGUCCAACUCAUCAGUGUUUCUGCGGAAUCUGGGGGAGGAAAAGUCGGCAGCGCCGGUACACUUCUGUCGGGACAAACAAACGUCGAAGGAGAGAGUUUUGGGAGUAAUUUGGGACCCGAAUGCGGAUGAGUUUACGUUCUCGACGAUGUACCGCGAAGAGUUGCAGCCAUACCUGCUGGAGGGAAAGCGGCCGACAAAACGGCUCGUCGCAAGUUGCGUGAUGGGGUUUUUCGAUCCCCUUGGGUUGCUGUCGCCGUUUACCAUCCACGGCAAGAUCAUCAUCCAGCAUCUCUGGCGUUCCAACUGUGGAUGGGACGAAGAAAUCGACGAAAAUUCCUGGACGUUGUGGCAGCGGUGGAUUAAUUUGUUGCCGGAGGUCGAAACUAUCCGGAUUCCUCGCUGUCACAUCGGAGGCGCCAAGUCCGCUGAAGUCGAUUCCCUGGAAGUCCACAUCUUCACCGAUGCCAGCGAACACGCAUACGGCUGCGUAGCCUAUUUGCGAGCGGUAAUUGAGGGUGAGGUCCGCUGCAGCCUGAUGAUGUCCCGGGCCAAAGUAGCCCCGAUAAAGCGGCAGUCGAUUCCCCGUUUGGAGCUGAUGGGUGCCGUUCUGGGUGCGGGAAUGAGCCAGACAAUUCUGAGCAUGAACUCGUACCAGAUUGCCCGCACAGUUUUCUGGACGGAUUCCCGCACCGUGUGUAGUUGGCUCAACUCGGAUCAACACCGCUACAAGCAAUUCGUUGCAUUUCGAGUCGGAGAGAUUCAGGAGCUGACGAAGGUGGCGGACUGGCGAUGGAUUCCGACCAAGCUGAACAUCGCAGACGUGCUGACGAAGUGGGGUCAAGGUCCGCCGUUACAAAGUGAGGGAGAAUGGUUUUGCGGACCCUCGUUCCUAUAUCGGCCACAAGAACUGUGGCCAACGCUUGAAGUAGGGUACGAAGAGACCAACGAAGAAGCGCGAGGUGUCGUCCUAUUCCACGGGGCGAUCAACGUCGAACCGAUAUCCAGUUGGGCGAAGCUACUGCGAGUGACAGCGACCGUGGUACGCUUCAUCGCCAACUGUCGGCGAAAGAUACGAGGAGAGCCGGUAGUUGCUACACAGGCUACAGCAAAGCAGCAGCAGCUGAAGAAGACAACGGCAGUGAACUACGAAGCCAUCAAAGCGCCACUUCGGCGAGAAGAGCUCCAGCAGGCGGAGACAAUCCUGUGGCGGCAGGCUCAGUGGGAUAGCUUUCCGGAUGAGAUGAGCACGCUAACCAACAACGUAGCACGACCGCCGGGAGCACGGUUGGAAAGUAUAAAAAAGAGUAGCCAAAUCUACAAAAGUUCACCGGCAUUAGACAACGAAGGGGUACUACGCAUGGAUGGAAGACUGGCAAACAGCGUGGAGAGUUCCUUCGACCAACGGUACCCGAUAAUUUUGUCGCGUUCACACGCGAUAACGCAGAAGCUGAUACAGCACUACCACGAGCAGUUCGGACACGGUAAUUCGGAGACCGUAUUCAACGAGAUGAGGCAGCGGUUCCAGAUCCCGAAAAUGCGUCCAGCGAUUCAUCAGGUAGUUAGCAAAUGUAUCUGGUGCAAGGUCAACAAGUGUCGUCCACGAACACCGAGAAUGGCUCCACUGCCGGUUGAACGGAUAACGUCUAGUCUUCGGCCAUUCAGCUCCGUAGGUUUAGAUUACCUGGGUCCGGUGGAAGUCACGGUUGGCCGGCGAAAAGAGAAGCGUUGGGUGGCAGUCUUCACCUGUUUGGCUGUACGUGCAGUGCACCUAGAGGUUGUGCACAGUCUCACAACCGAGUCGUGUCGGAUGGCCAUCACUCGUUUCCGCAGCAAGUUUGGCAAGCCAAGCCAAAUAUUUUCCGACAAUGCCACUUGCUUUCGCGGAGCGAACAACGAGAUGAUGAAGAUGGACGUCAUCAAUCGGGAGUGUGCAGAGAUCGUGGGCGGCUCAUCUACCGCGUGGCAUUUCAUUCCGCCGGGUACCCCACACAUGGGAGGCGUCUGGGAGCGAAUGGUGCGGUCGGUGAAAGAGGCGAUGCGGGCGCUUGACGACGGGAGAAAGCUCUCGGACGAGAUCUUGGCGACAACUCUGGCGGAAGCGGCGGACAUGAUCAACACGCGUCCGUUGACCUACUUGCCGCAAGACUCUGGGGAAGCAGAAGCACUGACGCCGAACCAUUUCCUACGGGGAACGGUGUCGGGUGCUGACUUGGAGGUGGAACAGUUUUUGACGGGUUCUGCCGAAGCUUUGCGGAACGUGUACAAGCGGUCCCAGUUGCUGGCAGACAGAAUGUGGGAGAGAUGGUGUCGGGAGUAUCUUCCGACGAUCAACCAACGGUCGAAAUGGUUCGACGAACAGAAGCCGAUCGAUGAGAUGACCUGGUAUUCGUGGUGGACGGGAAAAACCGGAAGGCCUGGAGGCGAGGCAUUGUGGUAG